GCCCGUGGGCUUGAAAUCAGUCUAUGCAUGUACUGUAAAGAUUCACGAUCUGCAUCAUUCAGCAUCUGCACGUCCACCCACCGAUUCACAUCUCACCGCGGAACACCAUUGAGAGGAACGGAACACGAUUCGGCAUGUGCAUACUCCGAAUUAACCAUUUUAAUGUUUAGAAGCCGUAUUUUGUGCGACACUUAGGUCAUUGGGAUGCGAUGCGCUCUUCAUUGAGGAGACUGGCGCGAGAGCGUUAUUAAUAAUCAGCUUUCAUAAGGCGCGCGAGCUGUUAGACAGGUGUUUUCGCUUGUUUCGACCACCUGCCCUGGUACCAUGAUGUUAGGGCAAUCCCCACACCUCAUCGGGGGGAUCCUCUGGAUUCAAAACCCAAUGCGAGCUGUCCACUGCAAUCUGACCCAGAAUGGGAUCGACCAUCAGGUGUGCGCAGAGGAAGUGACAUCACACCGGGAGGAAGUGUCUGUUGAUCAUGGACUGGAUGACGACAGUCUGGGGUUUCUGGACCAGAGUCCUGGUUUCCAGCACAGAUCUCCACCCCAGCGCUCCGUCUCCGAAUCGGAGCUCUCCAGGCCGGGAACCGUGAAGCUGUCUAAACCGGUGGCGCUGUGGACCCAGCAGGACGUGUGUAAAUGGCUGAAGAAACACUGUCCCAAUCAACACCAGGUCUACAGUGACUCCUUCAAGCAGCACGACAUCACAGGUCGAGCUCUGAUGAGGCUCACUGACAGGAAGUUGGAGCGAAUGGGCAUCAUGCAGGAGAGUCAGAGACAGUUCAUCCUACAGCAGGUUCUCCAGCUCCGCGUCAGAGAAGAAGUCCGAACCCUGCAGCUGCUCACGCAAGCCUCUCUGGAGAGUUCGCCGUAGCUUGAGCAAUCCUGGAGAUCCUCGGUUCCCGGUCCAUCUUCCGUGAUGUCCACACCACACUCCAGACUUUCAGCCCCUGCGGUCUUCCUUCUUUUAAAGCAGAUCUAUACCUCCCUCUGAUCAAAACUAUCCUGAAAAGGAUCCAACUGAUCUUCGGUAGCUCUUUUUACAGCGUAUCAGCAUAUACAACCUCAAAGAAUCGUCUGGACUAUUGAUGUUCUCUAUUGGACAAUGUGAAAGACUUGCUGCUGAAUUGUGUUGUUUGUUAUAUGUAAUCCUGAAGUGUAGCACUUUAACCUCUCUUCCUGCCAGUGCUCUCUAUCUAUCUAUCCAUCUGUCUAUCUGGCUAUCUAUAAGCUAUCUAGCUAAUUAAUUAGCUAUCUGUAUAACUUUACCUGUCUGUCUAUCUAGCUAGCUAGCUAACUGUCUAGCUAACUAUCUGGCUAUCUAUAUAGGUAGCUAUCUAAUUAAUUAGCUAUCUAUAUAACUUUGUCUGUCUACCUGUCUAUCUAGCUAGCUAGCUAACUACCUGGCUAUCUAUAUAGGUAGCUAUCUAGCUAAUUAAUUAGCUAUCUAUAGGAUAUAGUUUAUCUCUGUCUAGCUAGCUAAUUAUAUAGCUAUCUAUAUAGCUUUAUCUAUCUGUAUAACUAUCGAUCUAUCUAUCUAUUUAGCCUGCUAAAGAUCUAGCUAACUAUCUGGCUAUCUAUAUAGGUAGCUAUCUAGCUAAUUAGUUAGCUAUAUAGUUUAUCUAUCUGUCUAUCUAGCUAGCUAACUAUAUAGCAAUCUAUAUAGGUAGCUAUCUAGCUAAUUAGCUAUUUAUAUAGCAUUAUCUAUCUGUCUAUCUAUCUGUCUAGCUAGCUAGCUAAAGAUCUAGCUAACUAUCUGGCUAUCUAUAUAGAUAGCUAUCUAGCUAAAUAAUGAGCAAUCUAUAUAAGUUAAUCUGUCUGUCUAUAAAGCUAGCUAGUUAGCUUACUAUCUGGCUAUCUAUAUAUGCUAUCUAGCUAAUUAAUUAGCUAUCUAUAUAACUUUUUCUGUCUGUCUAUCUAGCUAGCUAACUAACUAUCCGGCUAUCUAUAUAGGUAGCUAUCUAGCUAAUUAAUUAGCUAUCUGUAGGUUAUAGUUUAUCUGUCUAUCUAGCUAUCUACUUAUAUAGCUAUCUAUAUAGGUAUCUAGCUAAUUAGCAAUCUAUAUAGCUUUAUCUAUUUGUCUAUCUCUUGAUCUCUCUAGCUAUCUAUAUAGGUAGCUGUCUAGCUAAAUAAUUAGCUAUCUAGUUUAUCCGUCUGUCUAUCUAGCUAGCUAGUUAGCUAACUAUCUGGCUAUCUAUAUAGGUAACUAUCUAGCUAAUUAAUUAGCUAUCUAUAUAGUUUAUCUAUCUGACUAUCUAGCUAUCUAUCUAAUGAUCUAGCUAACUAUCUGGCUAUCUACAUAGGUUGUUAUCUAGCUAAUUAGUUAUCUAUAUAGCUUUAUCUAUCUGUCUGUCUGCCUAUCUAUCUAUCUAGCUACCUAUGAUAGUUAAUUAGCUAUCUGUAUAGCUAACAUGUUUAUCUGGAUGGCUAUAUAGCUUGGCUUACUAGCUGUCUAGAUAGAUAAACAAGCUAUCUAUCUCUUCACAUGUAAACAUACUAACGAAAUAGUGUCAUGAGGACUCCACCCUUUGCACGUCUGAAUACUACUUGUCUCUUCCUCUCUCUUGUGUCUGCCGUCUCUUAGUAUAAUGUAAGACGUCUGGUCGACUUGCUUGGUUAGUUGUCUCUUUGUCUUUGUAUGUCCCCGAGCUUGAAUUCCCUCGCCAUCCAUCAAAAGCAAGAGCCCGUUAUUACGUAUGCCGUAGACUGAACUGCACUGUGACUGUGACCAGGUCUCUUAAAAAGACAAGCCCACCCUUCCACCGGGAGCUGCGUUUCACCCCCAAAUCCUUCUUUCAUCGCCGGACCAAAUGCAUUAUACCCUCAUCUCUUGAUCCGGAGCCAAUCUUUGGGUUUGACUCAUGGUGGAAUUCAAUUAGAAGUAAGGAUGAAGCAACUGAGCUCGGAGCUGUGAAACUGCAAGGACUCAGAAAUGGAAGACGAUUCUUUCUUUUUUGGAUAAGAAGGCAGGAGAAAUAGAUGACAUGCCUCUGUGAAGUCUCAUCCUGCCAUUGGGAAAGACAAGGAAAGGAAGAAAAUGUACUUUCAGGCAUGGGACGGCAUUAUUAAAAAGUGUAUAAACGAGACUGAGCAUUAUUUAGCAUAAAAGAGGACUGUCACUAGGAGCCUUGUAACCUCCCAUUCACUGUAUCUUUUUGAAUAGAGAUCCUCACAAAGGCAUCACUGUUAAUACGACAUGGCCAUUCACUGUUACCUUUUUAACUUGGAAGCACAUGGAAGUUCUGAAUCAAAUGAACUGUGUCUUUGUACCCUUUGAUCAUUGUCACCUUUGUAUCAAACCUCCAUUACUUACAAGAGCCUCAGGCGUCAACAAGGCUUCCCACCUCAAAGAGACUUGCCACAAUUGUAGCAUGACUCCGCAAUAUCACACACCUUCCACAAGGGCGCCAACACAAAGAUCCAUGACGGCGCAGACCCGCCAUUGAUUAACCAGAGCGGCUCCAGUUGUUUUGAGGGCUACAGUAAUAGGUUACAUGCUGCCGAUCAUGGCGUGAUGGAAGUUUUGCCUUACAAGACGCUUUAGAUUGCAAUGAGAUCCAAAAAUUGAGUGCAAUCGAUUAGACCUUGUCGAUCAGAUCUCAUAUUGGCUCUUGUCUGGCUCACCGGAUAGAGUCAAUACUGGGAAUCUGGGGAAAAGCAUGUUCCAAUUAAAAACUAGCUACCAUUUCAUGCCUUCGUGGGGCCUUGGUGUUUUUUAUAUCUUCGAGAGGGCUCAACGCCAGGGGCUUUUGAUGACUGAAGGGCUGAGAGGGUGAAAACCGAAAUGAUCAUUGGUUUUAUAGCUGCUAAACUAGUAUAGAUAUCACUAUAUGGGCCGUUCUAUGGAAUUGGUGCAAAUUGCUGUCCCACAACCAAAAAACACUUAAAAAGCAUUUAAGUUUUCAAGUUUUAGAUGUUUACUAAGAUCCUUCUUUUAUCUAUUGAAUCCCACAAUAAUAUUUAAAAUAUCAGUAAUAUAUAUAAAAUCAUAAUUUAUUGGGUACUUUCAAUUGGGAGGUGGCUGUCCCAAACCCUAACCCCUAAAUUUCAACUUGUAAAAAUGAUACUGAAAUAAUUUUUGCAAUUCUUUCCAUUGUUGUUUUUUUAAGUGAAUUUAAGUUUUGAAAUCAUGAAACUUUAUGUAAAAAAAAAAAAAAAAAACGUGUCCCGCAUUUUCUUGUCACUACCGAAACAGUGUAUGUUUUAGUCCAUUGUCUGAGACUGAUUUUAAUCACAUUUCUACAUUUUUGAUCAGGAAAUAUUCCUGUGUCCCUCCCUCUCAUAGCCUCUCUUUCAUAGUAGAUAGGUCCAUCAUUUUGAGUUAAAUGUAAAUGUUAAAUGUAAAAGUCUGAAAAUAUGUGUGUAACUUUAAGGAACGUCACUACCAAACACCUUUUUUCUGCAAUUAAGCAACUUUUUUGGGUGUUAUUCCAUAAUAUUUAGUUUUUAUGUGUGUACAACUGUUCAGAACUGUGCUAGCUAACCAUGUGCUGAGCAAAGCUCAAAAAUAUCGAAAAUUGUCACUACCGAAACAGUCAUUACCGAAACAUCAUUGUUUUGGUGUAGUGACAACACCAUAAUCACAUAAUCAUUUAUUUGGGGGAAAUAAACACAAUUUUAGUACAGUUAUGCAAAUCAUUAGUAUUUUACUAUGUUUUAAUAGUGUUUUAGUAUGCGAGUUAAAAUUCUGUAAUGUUUUGUGGUCGCUACCAACACAUUACUGUCACUACCGAAACAUGGGAUGUUUUGUCAAAAAUAAAGUAUAUUGAAUUAUCAACUAAGAUGUUAUUAUAGUGUUUGGUUCAGUGUAUAUUCAAACUAAUGAAUCCUUCACUUUAAAAUCAGUAUGAUAAACUUUAUGCCUUUUACAAAGAAAUAUUAGAUUCAAAAUACAACAAAUCUCAUAAAUUACACUUGAAAUAGUUGAAAUUGUUAUUGAUUUACCUGUGAAAACUUUUUUUUUUUAAAUAGCAAAAAAUAUAUAUUUACAAGGUAGAUCUAAACAAAAUCUUAAAAGGUCAAUGUAACCCUUCUUAUUAAAUUAUUUAUUAUUGUGUUUCGGUAGUGACAAAUUUGGGGAGAGGAAAAAUAUUCCAAAACUUUCUGAAAAUACAAGAGAAUUAACUGCACAAUUACUAGAAAUGUGGAUAUUAUACAAUUUGCAUACAUACAAAGUUUGUGGAAAAAUUAGUUUUUCAAAACGUUUCCAAGUCUGACUUUGAACCGAUUCUGUAGAAUGGCCCAUAUAGACAAUUUGUGUGAAACAGUUUAGAUGAGCCACACCAAAAUUAAAUGCACAACUCUAAAUCAGCUCUAAAAGACACCGAAAGAGAGUUUGAGUUCUUUUCUUGUGGAUUAGAUUAUUAGUUGUGAGAUGUUCACCCACGAGGGGGUUGUUUUUGAUUUGAACUUUAUGAGACCAUCUCAUGGUACAUUAACCGCAGAGUUCAAGUCAAUUCAAAAUGUUCAGCAAAAACUCAAUAGCAGCAUACUGUCGAUUCAGACUCUUAGUUCGCCUUAGGGCGUUUUUGUUAUUUUCUAAGAAAAGUGCAUAGGAAUUAUUUAAUUUUUUAAAGAUUGAAUUUUAUAGCGUAUACUAGAGCUGUACAAUACACUAAAACUGUGUUUGAUAACCACAUAAAAAAGACUUUAAAAUAUAUAAUGAUCUUUAAUACAUGUCAGAAUCAAAACAACAAUGAUCAGUCAUUCUCAUGAGAGUAAUGCCAAAAAAAAAGGCAAACACCAAGGAUCCUUUUUGAUCUUCAAGACGCUAGACCUUGGAAAAACAAAUUAAUUUUAACUAAUGCACAAAUGUACAAGGAUAAUUAAUGAAUAAACAUUCCCUCCCUGCUCAUUUAUUUCUGAGAUUUGCCUUUAGAUCCACAUAGACUCCAAAAUUUCUUUGAGGAAGAGAAUAUGACUGAUGUUAGAUGUACGCUUCCCUCUAGUUUUAUCUGACAUAAUAUAAAAACAUGUUAGGUUGGCAUUCUUAAAGUUGAACCUUUGUCUGUGGAGCUGAAUUUGGUGGAUUAUUAAUGUCCUCACAUGUACUGAUAUUGUUCACAUCGGUUCUUUUAUCAGCUCUGAACUAGAUUGGAGAGCUGGACUGCAUACAAAUCAAGUGAACGUUAGCCUCAAACUGCACAAAGUACUCAUGGAUAACAUAAGUAUAUAUGAAGUUAUUUAUUUUCUUGCAUACGCUAUAUUAUUGCUAUAUUGAUGCAUUCACUUACACAAACACAACACACCGAUGUAAAUGCAUAAAGCUGUUUGCAUUAAUCUGAAUAAUAUUAUUUACACCCAUAAUACACUACGAAAAAAUUAUUUUUGACACUAUAUGCGAGCAUGUUUUCUAUUGUUCUUGUUCAUUUGUGAUGUUUUGAAUUCGGCAGGCAUGCAGACCAAACUAUCAGACCCCUUUCUUUCCAUAUAGUGUGCAUAAACGUUACUAUUCAUGAACAUGUUAAUAUUCUAAUAAACAUAUUAAUAUAACAAGGCCA